AUGCACGAUCCUACGCCUAACAAAUGCUUCUUGCAUCAGCAUCGGGUGCAGGUGGAAAGACUACCAACAGCAGUAGUAAACACUCCAUUUCUGAUGGAUUCCAGCUCAAGCAACGUAUUAUGUUUGCCAUCGGGAACUAAUGGGCUCUUGCUUUCGCAGGAUACGCUGACGCGGCUGAUAGAGCUAACCCAAGCACAACGCGAACGAAUUGCCGAAGAAGAGCGAAAACGAAAAGAUCGAUGGGAAGCGUUGUGUGUAAAGGAAGACCUUGUUAAGAAGCAUUUGAAUAACCUCCUUUCAGGGGUAAGAACUACCACGACUCAUCCACAGGAGUUGAAAGGGAAAAUCGCGAAAGAGGUAAGUACGGUAUCCAGCGGCCACGAUACUGUCUCGCAAACGUCGCUGAGGUUGAAUGAAGCUCCAUCUCUGAGGGAACACAGGAAAAGCAGUCAACGCAGUGAUUGGAGUAGUCGCAGUAGUAGUAGUUGUUGUAGCAGCGUCGGGUAG